GUUCUGGAGGUGCAACUGGGAAGCUUGCAGCUCUGCUGCCCGGGCUCUCCCCUCCCCCCACCUGUAAGAGGCUGGGCCCGAGGAGCCCGUGCUCUGCAUCCCACCCCCUGAAGCUUGGGCUUGGUUUUCCCUGCGGGUCUUCUCGCUGACAUUCAGGCAGGGGUCAGGCGGCCGGGCGCGCCUCCAGAGCGCGCGGGGGGAGCACGGGCGAAGGCUUUGGGCUCUGACGGUGGGGUCCCAGGGGCCCGCCUGCCUCCCAGACGCGUUUCUAGGCCCAGGGAAGCCUGCCUGCCGAAUAGGGGAAGCCAGAUUCGGGGGCGGGUAACGAGAAAUCAGGCUAAGAAAUGGCAUUUCAAAAGGCAGUGAAAGGGACUAUUCUUGUUGGAGGAGGUGCUCUUGCAACUGUUCUAGGCCUUUCUCAGUUUGCUCAUUACAAAAGGAAGCAAGUGAACCUGGCCUUUGUUGAAGCAGCAGACUACGUCUCAGAACCUGUUAACAGGGAGCCUCCGUCCAGAGAAGCUCAGAUACUGACUUUGAAAAACACGUCUGAAUUCGAUGUACUUGUCAUUGGAGGAGGAGCAACAGGAAGUGGCUGUGCCCUAGACGCAGUCACCAGAGGACUAAAAACAGCCCUUGUAGAAAGAGAUGAUUUCUCAUCAGGGACCAGCAGCAGAAGCACUAAAUUGAUCCAUGGUGGUGUGAGAUAUCUUCAGAAGGCUAUCAUGAAGUUGGAUAUUGAGCAGUACAGGAUGGUAAAAGAAGCCCUUCAUGAGCGUGCCAACCUACUAGAAAUUGCUCCCCAUUUAUCAGCUCCGUUGCCUAUAAUGCUCCCAAUUUACAAGUGGUGGCAGUUACCUUACUACUGGGUGGGAAUCAAGCUGUAUGAUCUGGUUGCUGGAAGUAAUUGCCUGAAAAGCAGUUACGUCCUCAGCAAAUCAAGAGCCCUUGAGCAUUUCCCAAUGCUCCAGAAGGAUAAACUGGUAGGAGCAAUUGUCUACUAUGAUGGACAACACAACGACGCACGGAUGAACCUUGCCAUUGCUCUCACUGCUGCCAGGUAUGGGGCUGCCACGGCCAAUUACAUGGAGGUCAUGAGCUUGCUCAAGAAGACAGACCCCAAGACAGGGAAAGAGCGCGUGAGCGGUGCGCGGUGCAAGGAUGUGCUCACAGGGGAGGAAUUUGAUGUAAGAGCCAAGUGUGUUAUCAAUGCCACGGGACCUUUCACAGACACUGUGCGCAAAAUGGAUGAUAAGGAUGCCGCAGCUAUCUGCCAGCCCAGUGCUGGCGUCCACAUCGUGAUGCCUGGUUAUUACAGCCCAGAGAGCAUGGGACUCCUUGACCCAGCGACCAGUGAUGGGCGAGUUAUUUUCUUCUUACCCUGGCAAAAGAUGACUAUCGCUGGCACUACCGACACUCCAACUGACGUCACACACCAUCCUAUUCCUUCCGAAGAAGACAUCAACUUCAUUUUGAAUGAAGUGCGUAACUACUUGAGUUGCGACGUUGAAGUAAGAAGAGGGGAUGUCCUGGCAGCAUGGAGUGGUAUUCGCCCCCUUGUUACAGAUCCCAAGUCUGCAGAUACACAGUCCAUCUCCCGAAAUCACGUCGUGGAUAUCAGUGAGAGCGGCCUCAUCACUAUAGCAGGUGGAAAGUGGACAACCUAUCGAUCUAUGGCAGAAGAUACCAUAAAUGCUGCAGUCAAGACCCACAAUUUGAAAGCAGGACCAAGUAAAACAGUUGGGCUUUUCCUUCAAGGGGGCAAAGAUUGGAGCCCUACACUCUACAUCAGGCUUGUCCAGGAUUAUGGACUUGAAAGUGAGGUGGCCCAGCAUCUUGCUGCCACCUAUGGCGACAAGGCUUUUGAAGUGGCCAAAAUGGCGAGUGUGACGGGAAAGCGGUGGCCCAUUGUUGGGGUGCGUCUUGUGUCAGAAUUUCCAUACAUUGAAGCAGAGGUGAAAUAUGGGAUUAAGGAGUAUGCCUGCACUGCAGUGGAUAUAAUCUCACGUCGUACUCGCCUGGCCUUUCUAAAUGUCCAGGCAGCAGAGGAGGCCCUACCCAGGAUUGUUGAACUGAUGGGCAGAGAACUGAGCUGGGGUGAUUCUAAAAAAAAGGAAGAACUUGAAACGGCCAGGAAGUUUCUGUAUUAUGAAAUGGGCUAUAAAUCUCGAUCAGAACAGUUAACAGAUCACUCUGAAAUUAGCCUACUGCCUUCAGACAUUGACAGGUACAAGAAGAGAUUUCAUAAGUUUGAUGCAGACCAGAAAGGCUUUAUUACCAUUGUUGAUGUUCAGCGUGUAUUAGAGAGUAUCAGUGUCCAAAUGGAUGAAAAUACACUACAUGAAAUUCUGAAUGAAGUAGAUUUGAAUAAAAAUGGACAGGUUGAACUCAAUGAGUUUUUGCAGCUGAUGAGUGCUGUUCAAAAAGGAAGGGUGUCUGGAAGCCGGCUUGCUAUACUCAUGAAAACUGCAGAAGAGAACCUCGACAGAAGAGUUCCCAUCCCCGUGGACCGAAGUUGUGGAGGACUGUGAGUCUGAGCAGUAAAUCCACAGCCAAUAAACAGGAACAACAAAUAAUCAUGUAUCAAACCAGAGAUGACUUACACGCUCUAAAACAGUGGAUAUGGAUAGCUGCCUUGUUUUAACACUGGGAAACAUUCCAAAGCUUUAGGAUGUCAAUGUAUACCCUUUAUUUGUAUUUGCCAUUCAAUCUAGCUUCUUAAAAGUGUAUUUUAUCUUUUUUUUCUCAUUUUCAAUGCACACUGGUUUAAUGUUUUGCAUUUAUUCUGUGACCUGUUAGACUGGACAUGCUCCCUUUUUGUUUGUUUAUUCAUUUAGUCUAAGUCAGUUUUAGAGGCAGAAUAUUUUGGCAGAAAUUGAAAAAAGAAGCUGGAAAUAUUUCAUGAUUUGCACAAAGCUCUGGACAUUAAGCUUGUUGAUAGUAUUUGUUCUUAAAAGAAAUUGAGUGGGGUGGGACCUAUUAAAACGAUAGUGUUUCUGGAGACCCCACAGCCCCUUCUUCCUCCAGCUUGUCUGCCUUCCUCAUCCAGACUUUAUAUCUAGAGCGUGACUGGCAAAACUGGAGAAGGAAGAAAAAGUUUAGAUCUGGUUAUAGGAGCAAAUCUCAGAGAAACUCUGAAAGCUUCCAGAAUCACAGGUACAAGAUAUAAGGAUAGCAUUGACAUUUGCUGGGAGUUACAGUGAUAGUUUCAUCUCAGCAAUUCAUUUUUUUUUCCCCAGUCACUGCUGGUUUUUCUUUGACUAUUACAGUUGCCAGGAAGAUCCUUGCUUUUCUUACUUUAAAACCAGCAUUUAAGUGGCAAGUUGGAUACAUUGGCAUGGGACUAAAUUUCUCAAAUCUUUACAGUAGUAAUAAAUUUAAGGAUUAAAAACCUGUGUUUAUAUAUCCACAUAUUAUAGCACAAUUUUCAAUCCCCAAAUCCUAGAUCUUGGAGCAUGUGAUACUGUCAAACAUGACCUAUUUUGCUCAGGUUAUUGCAUCAUUUGGGGGAGUAUUUGUAAACGGAUAGUAAAAGAGGAUAGGAAUAGCCUUUAGUUAACUUUAGUUACAAUUAUAAAAAGCCAAAAACUUGCAGUGUUCAAGGUCAUUUUAAUUGCUUAAAGCCUUUCUCCUUCUGUACUCAACAGAAAAGUUCUCAAUCAAACAAAAAGAAAUAGAGAAAACCACACUCAGCACACACACACGCAUUCCCCCAUCAUACACAUACACACUCACAGAAAGACAAAACAAGACAAAAAAAUCAAUCUGCCCAUACCACUCUCUAUACACUACCAAAUGUAAAAUAGAUAGCUAGUGGGAAGCAGCCACAUAGCACAGGGAGAUGAGCUCGGUGCUUUGUGACCACCUAGAGGGGUGGGAUAGGGAGGGUGGGAGGGAGGUGCAAGAGGGAGGGGAUAUGGGGAUAUAUGUAUACGUAUAGCUGAUUCACAUUGUUAUAAAGCAGAAACUAACACACCAUUGUAAAGCAAUUUUAGUCCAAUAAAAAUGUUAAAAAAAAUCAAUCUGCCCAGAAUUUAGUAAAUAUGUAAUAUACUGAAUUUAAAGGGCCAAUUUGGUAUGCUUUUUAUAAUAGUUUGGUGGCAUUUUAGCCAGUCAUCUGAAUGUUUAUUCAUUGUGCUUCCUCUUUUGAAGUUAACUACCUACUUUUUUUUUUUUUAAGAUCACGUUGUGUAUGAAAUAGGAAAUGUGACCCUUUAUUUAAUGUCAGGUUUUCAUUGUGCAGACUCGAGAUCUUAAUUUUUCAAACUGGUACAUAAACACUUUUGUGCUAUUAUUUUGUGCUAUUAUUUCUAUAUAUGUCAAAUGUUGACAAAUAUUUCUAUAUAUGUCAAAUGUAGAAUAUCUUUAUGCCUCAUUCAUGUGCGGUAUGAGCCUGUCUGCCAUAAUACACACACUGGAGGUUCACUCACCUAAGCCCCUACCCCUACCUCUGAAAUAAACAGUGAAGAUAGCACCUUAACUCAUUUUGCUUUUAAAUGAAGUUUAGACUUGCCACUUCCUAAAGGAAAACCUAAAACAGAGAAAGUGACCUCCCAGGUAUCACUGUGAAGUUUUUUCUUUUAAGGUGUGAAUUUUUUUUUUACACUGGUUUCUUCCUUCCUUUCUUCCUUCCUUCCUUCCCCCCUCCCUCCCUCCCUCCCUCCCUCUCUCUCUCUCUCUCUUUCUUUCUUUCUUUUUUAAUAAUAGAAGCACAUGGCUUUGUAACUUAGUGUUUUUCUAUCAAGACAAUAACUUCACUGUUUAGAGCCCAGUGACCCUUAAUAGAUAGAAGAGCUGUCCUUUAAAACAUCAGAGGUGAUGUACCACAAUACUGUACAUUUGUGCUCUCUCUCUUUCUCUCUCUUCUUUUCUAGUUAAAUCAAGACAACAAUGACUUGUAUCCUCGCUGAAUCCAUUACAGUAGGGACCAGGCUUAUAACCUGACUGGCCUGGGCAGAGCUGUAUUUGAAAAGAGGCCUUGUUUCUGCAUGCUUUUUUAUGAGUGAAGUUCCUUUAAGGACAAAGAAAAACGCACUUUUCUUCUUUUGAGCACAUCUGCUUUUGCUUAAAAUCUGCUAAUUCUAAAACAUACGCUCCUUCACCGAUCCCAGAGACUCAUCUUGGAAACGAGCUGGUUCCAAGUCUUUACUGUGAAUAAAGCACCCCUGCAUUUUUGUGUAAGUUCUUAAUUAAACCUGCGCAGCUUCUUUACCUGAUUUCAGAAAAGGAGAGAAGAAAUGGGGUGGGGGGGGGGGGGUGUGAGUGUGAUUCAAAAUCUAUUCCAAGCACAAAAGAAUUAUUUUCUUUUUGUAUAAACAUGGUAUCAGCUGAUUCUGUUGGGGUGGGUGUGAGGUGUGUAGAGAUUGUCUUUUAUCAAGUGAUUUAUUUAAAGAGGCUUUAUUAAGGGGAUUCAGGUGAAGGAACCCCCAUCUGUGGUGGAGAGCUGGAUGCUCCCUUCAGUAGCCCUUCCCACAGUCAUAACAAUAGUGAUACUGCUGGAUUAUUUGUUAAGCCAGGGUUGUCUGCCUCAUAUCCUUCAUGCUGCUGCAACAUUCUUGCUUUCAAUCAAUUUCUACUGAGUGUAACUUUAGGAUUUCUACUACUAAAUGCAUGCUCCCUAUUUUGCUUUAGUUUCUAGCUUUGUUUUGUCUUUUUCAGAAUAUAUGUAGCUUACUCCUUUGUACAACAGAAAUUUCAUUCUUUUCCUAAACAUACUGUAAGAAUGAUCAUUGAUCUGAUUUCCUUUUUUUAUGUAUUUGUAAAGAUUUUUGGCAUAUGAAUGUAAUAAUAUUGAAGUCAACGAUGCUAAUAACUUGCACUGUUUUGCAUUCUGUCAAUCCUUUUUAGGGAGUAAAAGAGCCCUACUGUGCUUUUAAAGAAUAUCAAGUAUAAACCCAGUACUGGAGUCGAUAUACACACUGCAUGUUUUCAUAUAUGGCAUUUUUUAUGUAUUGUGUUGGGUUAUUGUUCUAGAUUGGACUCUUAAAUACUAUGUUUGAGGCUGGGUUGUCAUUUUUAUAACUGUCUUGGUGUUUUAUCACCAUUAUUUAUUACUCUUGAUAUACAGAAUGAGCUGCAUGCAUUUAUAGAGCAAUAAGAGGAUGUAUUUAAUGUGCCUUGUUUUUAACUGAAUAAGAACUGAAAGCAUGAAUCAAUAAAACUGAUUAAAAUGGG